AUGCCUAUUACUACCGUUAUACCACAUGAUAUUUGUCAAACUGACUAUGAUCUAUCAAUACCAUCAAUUAAUUCUCAUCAAGAUAAUAACGUGUUUGAAUACAAUUCAAAACCAACAGUAAUGACUCAUUUCAUUGAUAAUUGGAUGAUUCGAGAAAGUUUAAAGCCAUUUCAACAAAAAAGAAAUAAGUCAUCGUUACCAUCCAAACAAAAACUACAAGUUUUUCCAAACAAUUCUAAUAUUCGUCAGUGGAAUAUUAAUCAAGUAUGUUCAUUUUUCAAACAUGUUCUCGGCACGAAUUGUUAUGAAUCUAUAAUCAAAGAACAUCUUAUUGAUGGAAUAGCUCUUCUUCUUCUACAAGAUAAACAUUUAAUUCAGUUUUUUAAAAUGGAAUUAAGACAUCGAUUUAAACUAAUCAAAAGGAUUAAUGAACUUAAACGAUGA